CAAAGGUUCAAGAAUCAAGACAGAAGACUGUAUUCCCUCUGGUUUCUGUCCAUUUUUAAAACUAUUUUACUUGGAAAUUUUGGGAAAAUAGGGAUAUGGCAUACGACAGCGGUAGUGAGGAAGAAAUGGACUGGUCGUUUUUAUGUGAAGAUUCACCAGAGGGCGUUGAUGAAGUAGACGCUGUAUCAAAUCAAGUUAUCAAUUUUGAAAGUGAAACAUCAUACAUGCCCAAGUAUUUCGUAGAUUCUAACAAUCGUGCCGUCAAAAAAGAAACAAGGAGGUUAAGAACGGUCUCAGAGAAAAUCCUUAAAACAUUUGGUAAUAUUCCAUAUCUUCAAAAUGGAAUGGCAGCAUUAUUGAAAUUCAGUGAUGAAGUAGAUAGUAAACAGCUCCUAACAGCUCUACGGGAUGUUUGUAAUGAAGUUGUGUUCGAAGUUCUAUAUCACAAUUCCAAUCUUGCUAUUGUGUAUAUGAAUGCAACUAGCUAUACCUUUAUUGGUGAGAAAAUCAUGAAUGGCAAUGGAUUUAAAAUGCAGGAUAUGUUUGUCACUCAUUUAGAAGCUUUGUGUCUUGACCCUCUUCCACGUUUUUUGGUCGAGAUUUCUACUCCAAAGUCCACAGGAGAGGCUUUCCAGAGGGAACUCUCAGCUGUUUUAGUCACUUUUCGUGGUUCCUUCAAAUAUCUUCGUCUCCAUGAAGGAGAUGAACCUGAUAUGGAACCAUCUGUGAGUGUUACUCUGUUGUUUUCCAAGCGAGCACAACGGAAUGCUGAUAAAUUUCAAGCUCUUUUAUGUGAAAAGAAUACGUCAUGGAAAAGAUAUGAGCGUCCCGAGGCUGUGCGUGUACCGUAUGAGCAACUAUUCUCGUCAAGAAAUCAUUCAUCUCUUGUUCUUGGUAUUAUAUGUGGCAAUGAUAUACCAGGAGUACGGAUAUCAGUGAUGUUCUCUUCAAUGAAAGAUGAAAUGAUCAAAUUCUAUAGUGUUUUGACUGGAAUGUCGCCUGUUUGCCGUUCUGACAACAAUGGAACUAGUUACCUCAAAUAUCCCGUUGCUAGGAAUUUGGAACUGCAAUUAAUUCACAAUUCAACCAUUCCUACAAAUCCUUCAAGCAACGUCGCAAUUUGCGUUCGUGUUAAAGAUCACGAGAAAAUAUCCGCCUCUCUUGAGUCUCAUCAUCAAUCACUCACAUCAAGUGAUGAAGGCCACUGGGAAACAUGUGACCCCGUUGGCAAUCGAGUCCUCUUGUUCACUCCAUUUGAAUGAUAUUAUUACAGUAAUUAU